AUGUGGGUGAACUCCACACGGCCUCCUUUUUUCACACUUGCUGCCUAUCUGGAUGUGGGCCUUUUCAAAUCCCUGUGUUUCCUGAUUGUCGUGUGUUUGUAUGUUGUGAUUAUUUGUUCCAAUGUGCUGCUGAUUGUGGUGAUCUGUGUGAAUAGAAGUUUACAUGAACCCAUGUACGUGUUCCUGUGCAGCUUGUUUCUGAACCAGCUGUUGGGUAGUGUGGGCUUGUUUCCCUUCCUGCUGGUUCAGAUCCUCUCUGACACGCACAGCAUUUCCUUUGCUGCUUGUUUCCUGCAGAUUUUCAUUGUCUACGUAUACGGGAGUGUUGAAUUUACCAGUUUAGCCAUCAUGUCUUAUGACAUAUAUUUGGCCAUCUGUUGCCCUCUGCACUAUAACACACUGAUGUCCAAAAACAGGGUGUGUUUGCUCAUUGCCAUGAUGUGGUUGCCCCCUUUUCUUGCAGUUUCUGUGACCAUAUUGUUGACUGUCUCCUUAAGGUUUUGUGGAAACGUCAUUCCCACAGUCUACUGUAAUAACCACCAGGUCAUCAAACUGUCGUGUUCACACAGCACACUCAAUAAUGUCUACGAGCUGGUUGUUGGUUCUAUUACAGUUUUUAUUCCACUUAUUUUAAUUUUCUACACGUACAUCAGGAUCCUUAGAGUUUGUUCUUCUGCAUCCACACAGAUGAGACAGAAAGCUGUCAGCACGUGCACUCCUCACCUCGCAUCCAUCUUCAACUUUUCUUUUGGGGUUUGUUUUGAAAUAUUACAGAGCAGAUUUAAUAUGACCCAUGUGCCCACUGCUGUAAUAAUUUUCUUAUCGUUAUAUUUUCUUACAUGCCAACCGCUCCUCAAUCCAUUACUCUAUGGAGUCAAACUGUUGAAAAUUCGUGUACAGU